AUGGCCAAGUCCAUGCUGAGGGCGGUUGAUCCUGACGACAAGGCGUCUGUCAGAGGAGUCGGCACCCUUGACUUGGAUGGCAUCUUGGGGAACCUCUACGAGGCCAUGCUGCGCGUCCAAGGGCUCAGGCAACCCCUUAAGGAGAAAUCUAAAGAGGCGGAAGCCAAUAUGCAGGUGAAGAAGGACCUGUACUCGGCCCACCUGCGCAUCACUUCCCUUAAGAAAGAGAUUACAACUCUUAAGGAGAAGCUCGAGCCUCUUCAAGAUGUCAAAGAAGAGGCCGAGAGAGCCAAGCAGAAGGUGGGCCGCCUAGAGCAGCGCCUCAGAAACCAGGAGCAUCAGCUGAAGUCCAAGUUUGAGUCCGUGGCUGAUCAAGAGAGAGAAGCUCUUGUUAAGCAAAUGAUGAGCGAUUAUGAAGCCAUCAUGCGGGACACUUGGGCGGCUGUACAGCCGGAAUCGGACUAUCAGAUUUGGAUAUCCAAAUUUGACGAAGCCAGCAAAGCAUUCGACGCUCGCCUUAUUGAAGAGGCUGAGAAUGCUGAGGCCGAGGAAAGUUCUGGGUCUGACUCUUCUGGGGAGUCGUCCUCUGGUGGCGAGGAGGAGGAGGAUCAGGCGGAGGAGCAAGAGAGAAAGGAUGAAGAGCAGCCGAAGGACGACAAGUCGGCUGCCACUGAAGAGGCUCUCCCCUGA